GUGAGUGAGUGGUGCAGUGAUUUUUUGUGGCAGCAGAGGAUAUCAACAAUGCGAUCUCGACCUACUGGAGGAAGUGCCUGAGCAAGCUAUUUUCCAGGAGAUACAACCAUCUCUCAGCUGUGACGUGGAAAGAGCUUGAGGAAAGGGGAGUUAUAUUUUGAUUGAAUUGGACAAGAAACGAAGCCCGGGUAGCACCAAACAGUAGUACCACCAUGGAACGAUUGCGCUCCUCCCAGAGCCGCGAAGUGCGCAUCGGCAACUACAAGGUGGUGCGCAAGAUCGGCUGCGGAUCCUUUGGCGAUAUCUACCUGGGCAUCUAUAUACACAGCGGCGAGCGGGUGGCCAUCAAGGUGGAGAGCAGCAAGGUGCGCCAUCCGCAGCUGAACUACGAGAGGCGAAUCUAUCGCGCGUUAAGGCCCGCACCCGGAUUGCCAAGGAUUCGGUAUUUCCACAAGGAGCAGCACUACCAGGCGAUGGUGAUGGAUCUGCUCGGCCCAUCGCUGGAGCGACUCUUUCAGUUCUGCGAGCGCGCCUUCACCAUCAAGACCGUACUGCUGCUGGCCGAACAGAUGCUGCGCCGGGUGGAGUACGUCCAUAAUCGGGGAUUCCUGCAUCGCGACAUCAAGCCGGACAACUUCCUGAUGGGUCUGGGCACCAUGUCCAAGCAGGUGUACCUCAUCGAUUUCGGGCUGUCCAAGAAGUACCUGGACACAACCACCGGUGUGCAUAUACCAUAUCGCGAGGAGCGCUCCCUCACGGGCACCGCCCGUUACGCCUCCAUUGGCGCCCAUGCGGGCGUCGAGUCCGCCCGCAGGGAUGACAUGGUGGCCGUUGGCUAUGUGCUCAUGUACUUCAAUCGGGGCUCGCUGCCGUGGCAGGACUUGAAGGCGUCCACCAAGCAGCAGAAGUACGAGCGCAUACACGAGAAGAAGAUCUCGGUGAGCAUUGAGGUCCUUUGCGAGGGAUUUCCCUGCGAGUUCACCAUGUACCUGAACUACUGCCGCGGCAUGGGUUUCUACGAUAAGCCCGACUACGACUUCAUCUGCCGCAUGUUCAGGAUGCUGCGGAAUGGACUCAAUCUGCGGCCGGGUCUCAUCUACGACUGGGACAUGCUGAUGAUGAAGUUCCACAAUACGCAGAAGAAUCCUGGCAUCGGAAUGCGUGUAUUUCCGCCCAAACAGAAGGAAGACGACGGCAUCAGCGGCCAGCCGAUCAUCAAGGAUGAGAAGUGCAACUUCUGGCCAUGAAAAAUCUAGCUUCAAACUGUUUGAAAUGUAUAAAUUGAUAGUUGCACUAAAUGGAUAAGUUCUUA